CCGGGUGUAUAUAAAUAUAUAGUGUAUGUCUGGCAUAUUAUCCAUUCUCCAGAUGUCUACCUCGUGACAAAUGCACGACCACAUGGUAGGUUCACAGCAACUCCCUGCGCGUUCUAUGAUUCGUACACGUGCUGAGCUCUUUGCCACAGAUGGCGGCGAACAGCUGAUCGGCUCCUUAUUCACCCGAAACGCAGACCCCUGCCCAGCCUUAUAAAGGGAUUAAAAACACUUAUAUCCACGGCUGGUAAAAGUUUUGAUAGUCCGAAUAACGCACUACCACCCAGGGUCUAUAUACGGUGACCACCACGUAGUUUUGGGCAGUUCCUGUGUCCGAAGUAAUCCACGAUGGUGUUGUUCAUUCUGCUUCUCCUCUGUCUGCUAUGGCCGGUUUCCCUGAGCCAGACGCAGGCGCCGAAGCUGUCCCAAGCUGCCCGGAAGUUCUACCUGAGGGAAAUGGUCCAGAGUCAGGACACGGAUCAGGAUGGGGUUUUGUCCCUCGGCGAGUUUGAUAACGCUAUCCAGUCCUUGAUUAACCAAUGUCAGGCUGACCUGGAGAGCCUUCCUGGAGAAGUCUUCCCCGUGUAUUGUCCGGGAGAUGUCCUGGACGAAAACAGUACAGCAUGCUUCAAGACAAUGUGUCCAGAUGCAGCGUCUGUGUUUGGGAUGUUUGGAUUGCCCACGAGCGCCAAGGUGAAUCCCUCACUCCUGGGGAGGCUUCUUACCCCAGUGGUCUAUGCCCUCAGCCAGGGUAACUGUCGUCAGACUAACGGAUCUCACAUUAACCAUUCUAAACCAACAAAGGCAGAAGUAUGGGGGUAUUCCUUAGCGUUCGCCACACUGAUCGGGAUCGUGUCUAACAUCGGCGCCUUCCUCGUGCCCAUCAUGAAUACUACCUACUAUAAGCUGGUUCUCAUGUUCAUGGUAGCAUUAGCCGUGGGAUGCAUGACGGGAACCUCUCUUUUUGUCCUCAUGCCUGAGGCAUACAACUUAAUGAACGUGGAGGAGGUAGCUGAGGAUUAUCUGUGGAAGGCAGGCACCAUUGUCCUCAUCAUCUACUUUUUUUUCCUCACAGAGAGAGUCAUGAACUUGAUCGUCAAUAAGAACAGGAGACACAAAGACAAACGAUUGCAAUCUGAAUUGAUGCUAACCGUCGACAGUGCUACGUGUGAGAAGAAGGCUCUAGAGCUCGAUCAUAACGGUGUUGGGGUAAACCACGGUCACUCCCACGGGUUGGAGGUCGGGGCAGACGGGAAGACAAGGGUGGCCACAGUAGCCUGGAUGGUUCUUAUCGGAGACGCCAUUCACAACUUCAUGGACGGACUGGCCAUUGGCGCUGGCUUCACAGAGAGUGUACUGCUCGGUCUGAGCAUUUCAAUAGCUGUUAUAUGUGAAGAGAUUCCCCAUGAGCUAGGUGACAUAGCAAUUUUAGUCCAUUCCGGCCUGAGAGCCAAGAAAGCCUUGUUUUACAACUGUUUGGCGGCAAUCGUGUGUUACGGUGGAAUCAUUGUAGGCAUUCUACUAGGAGAAAACACGUCAGCCAACCAGUGGGUGUAUGCGGCAGCCUCAGGCAUGUUCCUCUAUGUGUCCCUUGUGGACAUGUUACCAGAAGUAAACCGGGCGGGAGAUUCAGAAGAGGGUCAAGCUCUUGGGCCAAUCAAAGUCUGCCUCAUCCAAAACACUGGGCUGUUGAUAGGUCUGGGGGUUAUUUUCAUCUUGGCGAAUUACUCAGGGGACUUUUUUGAAUGAGAUAAGAUGCAGAAGCGCUGUUGUUGCUGGACAGUAUCAUGGACAUCAUUGCAUUCCUGCACUGGCCAGGUUGAAAGGGUGCCGUGCGUUUCACCACUUUCUAUGGCAGU